GAGUCGUUUUUAGAAGAAAGGGAGCCGGCGGCUAGCAAACUUCAUCACCUCCCCGAGGAGAGAAGAAGGACUUUUCACAGCGGCUUGUGGAAAAUGGAGGAAGACAGCAGCGACCAGAUGAGACCGCUCCUCACAUCUCUACUGUAGAAACGUGACGAUGCAGCGUGGCGACGUCCGUGGAAGGGGGUGCCUGCGGUUAUGGAGAUAUAAAUGGCUCGUUCUAAGGAGCACCGUCAGAUCUGUCAUAACCAAAUGGAAAGAACAUGGCACAACAGUAAAACCUGCCAAGAGACGGCCGCCCACCAAACCUCACGGACCGGGCAAGGAGGAUAUUAAUCAGAGAGGCGGCACAGAGACUAAGGGGAACGAUGAGGAGGCGGUCUUGGACCAGGGGAAGACCAGCUCCACCCUCUACACCAACUUUGAGAAAGAGGAGCUGGAGAGUCACAGAGCGGUGUACGUCGGCGUCCGUGUUCCCAUGGGCCGAGAGAGUCGAAGGCGCCACCGUCACAGAGGACACAGACAUCACCGGAAACGACGGGGCCGCUCGGACCGGGAGGACGGACGAGAGUCGCCCACAUACGACACGCCGUCCCAGAGAGUCCAGUUCAUCCUCGGGACGGAAGACGGCGACGAGGAGCACAUCCCCCACGACCUGUUCACCGAGCUGGACGAGAUCUCCUUCAGAGACGGAGACUUGACGGAGUGGAAGGAGACCGCCAGGUGGCUGAAGUUUGAGGAGGACGUAGAAGACGGCGGUGAGCGCUGGAGUAAACCGUACGUGGCCACGCUGUCGCUUCACAGUCUGUUUGAGCUGCGUUCCUGCAUCCUGAACGGCACCGUGAUGCUCGACAUGAGGGCCAGCACCAUCGAGGACAUCGCAGACAUGGUGAUUGACAGCAUGGUGGCGUCGGGCCAGCUGGAGGAGGGUGUUCGGGAGAAAGUGAGGGAGGCCAUGUUGCGGCGUCACCACCAUCAGAGCGAGAAGAAGCUGAGCAACCGAAUCCCGCUGGUUCGAUCCUUCGCUGACAUAGGCAAGAAACACUCCGAGCCACACUUACUGGAACGCAACGUACACGUAACAUGUCUGCUAACCUCAUGUUGUUCUUCCUCACAUGCAGACAUGGUGAUUGACAGCAUGGUGGCGUCGGGCCAGCUGGAGGAGGGUGUUCGGGAGAAAGUGAGGGAGGCCAUGUUGCGGCGUCACCACCAUCAGAGCGAGAAGAAGCUGAGCAACCGAAUCCCGCUGGUUCGAUCCUUCGCUGACAUAGGCAAGAAACACUCCGAGCCACACUUACUGGAACGCAACGGUCUGCUGGCGUCCCCUCAGUCGGCUCCAGGAAACCUCGACAACAACAAGAACGGCGAGAGUCGCAUCAACGGCGGCAGCCGGGAAAACAGCACCGUGGACUUCAGCAAGGUGGACAUGAACUUCAUGAAGAAGAUCCCUCCUGGCGCAGAGGCGUCCAACGUCCUGGUGGGUGAAGUGGACUUCCUGGAGCGGCCGAUCGUCGCCUUCGUCCGGCUGUCCCCCGCCAUGCUGCUGACCGGCCUCACAGAGGUCCCGGUGCCCACCAGGUUUGUCUUCCUGCUGCUCGGCCCGUUUGGAAAAGGCCCGCAGUACCACGAGAUCGGACGCUCCAUGGCCACUCUGAUGACGGACGAGGAAGGUAAUCUUUACUCUGUAGAGGCGUGGUGCCCCCUGCUGGAGGACUCGGAUCUUGUUAGCUCUGGACCAGAGUGUUGCAGGAACAGGAUCUUCGGUGGUUUGGUGAACGACGUCCGGAGGAAGGCGCCCUUCCUGUGGAGUGACAUCAGGGACGCGGUCAGCCUGCAGUGUUUGGCGUCCGUCCUCUUCCUCUACUGCGCCUGCAUGUCGCCCGUCAUCACGUUCGGAGGGCUGCUGGGAGAAGCCACCAAAGGAAACAUAAGUGCCAUAGAGUCUCUGUUCGGGGCGUCCAUGACGGGCGUGGCCUACUCCCUGUUUGCUGGUCAGCCUCUCACCAUCCUGGGCAGCACCGGUCCAGUUCUGGUCUUUGAGAAGAUCCUCUUCAAGUUCUGCAGUGAGUACGGCCUGUCCUACCUGUCCCUGAGGACCAGUAUCGGACUCUGGACCGCCUUCCUCUGCCUGCUGCUGGUCGCCACCGACGCCAGCUCUCUGGUCUGCUACAUCACCCGCUUCACCGAAGAAGCCUUCGCCUCCCUCAUCUGCAUCAUCUUCAUCUACGAGGCUCUGGAGAAGCUGGUCACCCUCGGGGAGCUCUACCCCUUCAACAUGCACGACGAGCUGGACAACCUCACCUUCUACACGUGUCAGUGUUCUCCGCCUGCGAACGCCUCAGCUGACGUCCUCCAGAUGUGGAGCAACCAAAACAUCAGCUCAGAAAACAUCCAGUGGGAACAGCUGAGUGUGAAGGACUGCGUGGAUUUACGCGGCGAGUUUGUCGGUUCGGCCUGCAGCCCGCACGGCCCCUACGUCCCCGACGUCCUCUUCUGGUCCAUCAUCCUCUUCUUCACCACCUUCUUCCUCUCCUCCUUCUUCAAACAGUUCAAGACCAAGAGAUACUUCCCCACAAAGGUCCGAUCCACCAUCAGUGACUUUGCCGUGUUUCUGACCAUCAUGAUCAUGGUGUUGGUGGAUUAUCUGGUCGGAGUUCCUUCACCCAAACUCCACGUACCUGACCGCUUUGAGCCCACGUCGAGCACUCGAGGGUGGCUGAUCUCCCCGCUGGGACCGAACCCCUGGUGGACGCUGCUGGUCGCCGCCGUCCCGGCUCUGCUGUGCACCAUCCUCAUCUUCAUGGACCAGCAAAUCUCCGCCGUCAUCGUCAACAGGAAGGAGAACAAACUGAAGAAAGGCUGUGGCUACCACCUGGACCUGCUGGUGGUGGCGGUGAUGCUGGGUGUGUGCUCCAUUAUGGGCCUGCCGUGGUUCGUGGCGGCGACCGUGCUCUCUAUCUCCCACGUCAACAGUCUGAAGCUGGAGUCGGAGUGCGCGGCGCCGGGCGAGCAGCCAAAGUUCCUGGGCAUCAGAGAGCAGAGAGUCACGGGCUUCAUGAUCUUCGUCCUGAUGGGCUGCUCCGUCUUCAUGACCUCCGCCCUCAAGUUCAUCCCGAUGCCUGUCCUGUACGGCGUCUUCCUCUACAUGGGAGUGUCCUCGCUCAAAGGCAUUCAGCUGUUCGACCGCAUCAAACUGUUCGGCAUGCCGUCCAAACACCAGCCGGACCUGAUCUACCUGCGCUACGUCCCUCUGUGGAAGGUCCACAUCUUCACCGUGGUGCAGCUGUCCUGCCUCAUCGUCCUCUGGACCAUCAAGGCCUCGGCCGCCGCUGUUGUCUUCCCCAUGAUGGUUCUGGCUCUGGUGUUCAUCCGUAAGCUUCUGGAUUUCUGCUUCACCAAGAGAGAGCUGAGCUACCUGGACGACCUGAUACCAGAGAGCAAGAAGAAGAAGGAAGAUGACAAGAAGAAGAGGGAGAAGGAGAACGCUCUGCGGAUGCUGGAGGAGGCGGAGGACGAUCAGCCGUACGAUGGAGGAAUGAACUUCCCGAUCAAAACCCUGAAACGCAUGGACCCAUCAGAGGUGAACAUCUCGGAUGAAAUGGCCAAAAGCGGCAUUUGGAAGUCCAUGAACCCCGACAGCAGCAGAGCUCUGAAACGCUGCAACAGCCAGGAGAAGCUGCAGAGCGUCCGGAUAAACGUGGAGACCGAGGACGGUCGCAGAGUCGUGAACGAGGACACGCUGCUAUGAUCCCCCGCCGCUCACCACCAUCGGGCAGCGCUGUUGGAGGACGUGGCUGCAGUUGCUGAGGGGUUACUGCAGCCCUCCGUCUUCUCUGAACUGAGGUCAAAGGUCACAGGAGGACCAAUCAGGCUUCGCCUCGCCCCGUGUCAUACUUCUCAUCCUCAGUUUUCUCGGACGAAGGUGAACGUUUUUAUUUUCUCAUCGUUUUAUGGUGAAACACGGAGACUCCACCACUGGGAGCAAAUAUGGCCGCCACUUUUUGGAAACAGCUUCCUCAGGUUUCUUUGGUUGGUUUUUUUUGUUUUUUUUUUAACUCAGGCGGUUCUCCUCCGCUGCACUCUGAUUGGCUGCUGAAGCGUCGAACCGAAACACAGACUCGGUGGACGACUGAUUCUCCAGACUGAUGAUCUGAAACUUAAUUUCAUCGUUUUAAAUGUUCCAUUUCUGCUUUAACGAAGCAGAUGAGGCUCUUCACCUCCGACAGGUCCAACGCAGGAAGGAGUUUUUAUUUAAUCCGUUAUGCUGAUUUAAGUUGUGAAUGUGUCUGUGAGUGUUUCAGUGUGUGUGUUUGUGUGUGAGAGAGAUCACUGUUGUGCCUCACCCUGUUGCCUGCAGUGGCCGAUUGAAUGACGUCACAGCCGCUGUCUUCAUAGUUUCUACUUAAAGUUUCAAUAAAAUCAGUUUGGUGACGACGAUAA